AUGGACGAGGAGUUCUACAACGCAUUCGCUACUCCGAGUACCCCAAUCACUGUUGCUCAAACCACAAUGCUCGAUAACGAAACGGGAACAUUGCAAAAACCACCCAAAUUAUUGAAUAUUGAAGAAUAUAAAGGAUGGGAGGGUCGUUUCAAGAACUGGGUACAAGCGAACUAUCUUGAUGCAUGGGAGUGUGUGGAAACAAAGUAUGUGAUACCGUUAAAUGAUGAUGGAGAGGAAGUUGCAAUCAAAGACAUGAGUGCCGAUGACAAGAAGAAGUAUAAGAAUGAGAAAAUGAUGUUAAGCUUGUUACAACAAACUGUGAAGGAAGACAUUAUGGUGUUGCUCCAACACAACGGGAGUUCAUACUCAAUUUGGAAAGCGUUACGUUCAAAGUUUGUUGAUAUCGCGAACAAGGUGCAUUGGAUAAUCGACAACUUUUCAGAGUGUGGGCUUCGUUCUCUUGGAGUUACUUUCCAGGAAGUGCUGGCUGGAAAGAAAGAGAGCAUAGGUGAACUGUGGGAGUUCGUCGACCUUCUUCCUUUAUUCAACCCUACACAACAUGAUAGUUCUGAAACGAUCAACAGACGAGCAGAGCUUUAUAUCUUACUUUAA